CAUAUUUUUGUUGACUUUUAAUUUUAGAACUCAAAACUUGUUCAACAAUAUGUUAUUUCUUAAAAAUAAAGCAAAAACACUUGAUGUGGCAAAUUACACGGUCAUUAUACCAAGUAUUUGUGUGGGCAACGCCGCUCAAUUGGCUUGCGACCUGUUAAUUGCCUCCAAGAAGCUGAAACGCAUUGGAAGCUUAUCCCAUCCAGCCUUAAUACCGGUAUAUGGACCUUCGGCCUAUCAGCAUGAACCAAACGAGCUCGUAUCAUCCUGUGAGCUCUAUGAAUCGACGGAAGAUAAACUGUUAGUGAUUCAAUUCCGAGCACCGCUUAUUGCACGACACACAAAAUCUUUUCAAAAUAAUCUUGUGGAUUUGCUGAAGCCAGCACGUCGUGUGGUCAUCCUCAGUGGCAGUUUUGGCUUCGAGCGACGUGUCAUCGAGGAUUCCCCUUGGGCUUAUCGUGCCAGUGACAGCUUUAAGGCAGCUCAUGCCACGCAGCUGGGAAACGCCGCCUUGGUGAAGUGGAAGGAGCACACUGGCGAGAACAUCUUUGGCGGCGGCAAUGCAUUGCAGCUGUUUAAGGCAUUUGAGGAACAACAGGUGCCUGUCAUGCUGCUAUUCCGCUAUCUCCUGGAGGGCGACAACUCCACAGAUGCCUCCCUGAUUGUGCGGGAGCUGAACGAACUAUGCGAGGAUUUCCUCCAGUUACGCGACGGCGGCGACGGCAGCUUCAAGCUGACCGUACCAAAGUCCUGGAAUCUAUUAUUUGGAAAUGAUGUAACCGAGUUACUAUUUUAGUUCUUGGCAUUUAUUUGGGCACAAGAUUCUUGUUAUAAUAAAAGCUAAUCUUUUGGUGUAGGAUAA